UGCAGCGCCGUUUUGUCAAGCAACUAGCCGCGGCCGUCGUCAGCGGCGGUGGGGCAGCGGCGUUGCGGCCGAGGCCAGCUGCGGCGAGGCAGCCUCGGGCAGCGCGGCGGCUGCGUUGCUUCCGGGGCCCUUUGGCAGCCGGCGCUGACGAAGACGACGAAGCUGAGGACGGCAGGCAAAGCUCGUUGCAGGCCACGGCGGCCACCGUGGAGCCGUGCCGCCGCCGGUGCGGGCCCAGUCCCGCCCGGCGGCGUCGUCGACGGCAGCGCCUCGUCCGGGAAGGUCGCCCAAAGGUCGGUGCGAUGGCGUCGUCUGCGCGCUAUAUUUAGUCGUCAGUCUCUUCGCGUGGGAGACUAUGACCCCGAGCGAAUGGCAGUCCUCGUGUGCGAUUGGGCUCGCUAGCUGCCGGCUCCGCGCCGAGUAUCUGGCAAGGCAACUUUACUGCAAGCCUUUCACUUCCAUGGAUGACCGGCCCGCUGCGGUGGUGCGCUGUCCGCCGUGCCGUCAACAGUCGUCCGCCUCUGUCAACGGUUCGACAGGAUCCUGGCCGAGCCCCCCGGCGCCGCAAGACGCGUCCAACUUCCUGGUGCGUACAGGCCGCGCUCUCUACGACCGGCUCUUUUCAUUGCUCCAAGAUCAAGCCAGCGACUGCGUCGUUCAGUACUGCGAGCAGGGUUCCAACGCUGAUGAUUCGUCGCCGACGUCUUCCGUCGACGAACCUGCCGGCACACUGGCGUCUCAGCAAGCAGCUGCCGUAGCUGCUGACUUGUGCGGGCGAAACACUGUUGUCGUAGAGGAGCCCCGAAGCGCGCCUCUGUCUGAGCGCCUGCCGCAGAGCCCCGCCGUCGUCUCCGACGCGGUGCCCUGCAUCCCCCCCGAGCUGGAGGUCAAAAGCACCGAGAAUGUGAAAGGUGAUGCAGACGAGGAGCCGCGCCGCUACCCAGCUGAGCGAGACGUGGUGCGCGCCGCGCUUUCACAUCGUGCCCCUGACGACAGCUUUCAUUUCCCUAUCGUGCAAGAGCUGGUGCGGCCUGGCGUGUUGGUGCACAACGAAAGCGACUCCUCGUGCGACCUUUCCGAUGACGCCUUCCACGACGCUGCUGACGGACUUGCCGAGGAAUUUCGCGAUGGUAGUGGUUCGUCGGAGACCAGCAGCGAGGAUAAGGCACUCACCACGGCACCGAAUGAUUCGGGCAAAGCUGCUGCUCCGGCCAGCCCUCCUGCCAUCGUCGCUACCACUGAUAACGUGCCCACAAUCUCUUCUCCAGCUGCUGUUUCAUCGCCUCCCGCUAUUUCGUCGGUGUCCACUUCACCCACUACGGAAUCCUCGUCAAGUAGCGGCAGCAGUUCCUCACAGGGGGCGUCUCCGAGCAGGCCACGGUCAUCGCGCUUUGCGAAGCACCGAUUCGCCGAGGCUCCACCGUGUAAGGUGACGCCCAAGCCAGCUGCACAGCCAGAGCACGCGGUUGACGAGUCGUCGUCGUCGUCCGAAACGCUGUCACCCCCCGCCGUUGACAACAAGAUGCCGCCGGCCACUCCUCCCAAGCGGGACUCCGUCGACAGCGACGAUGACGAGAGCGGCCGCGCCGUCCUUGUUCGCAGCACGUCGCUCAAGAGCGGCAAGAGUCCACCGGGCACGCCGUUCAAGAAAAAGAUCGUGCGAUUCGCCGACGCUCUGGGUCUUGACCUGGCUGCUGUGCGAACCAUCGUGUCCGAAGAGCUGCCGUUUGUACCGGCUUCCGCCUUCACACACCUCCAGCUGGCGCCGCUCGUGCGGUCGCCACCUCCGUGCACGCUCGAGCUGAAGCCGUUGUUUUCGCAGCCUGGUGCCAGUCCGACCUUCAUGAACCGGCUGACGAGCCAACGCGUCUGCCUCGAGUCUGUCGUGACGUCGGGCUGCGCCCUACAUGCUGUCAUCCGGGUGUUGAACGUGGCCUUCGAGAAGUUGGUGGUGCUGCGUUACUCGCUGGACAACUGGCGAUCCUUUUGCGACCUGCGUGCCGUCUACUUGCCGGGCUCGUCAGAUGGCAUCUCGGACCGUUUCGGCGUCGACGUCUACCUCACGCCCCAAGGUGACGCGCAGCUGCAGAUGUGCGUGCGCUAUGUUGUCGGAGACCAGGAGUACUGGGACAAUAAUGACGGCGCCAACUACUGCUUCGAGUUCCGGGACUCCCCUAAAGACGAGCCCGAAGUGACGCCUCUGAUGAACUACCUCUGACGCGAGCGGAAGCUCUCCGAAGGACCCUAGUAUUUAUUCGUGCGCGCGCGCAUAGCUGUACAGGAAGGAAUGUGUGGCCGAGGUGGACUUGAUUCGCGCUGUGCGUUCAAAGACAUAGGUUAGCAAUAAUAAAUGGACAUGCCAGACGGGAUCUGCUUGCCGACCCGCGACCGUAUGUGAGAGGACUGUGGCCGACGUGCCCGCGCUGGUGGCCUCGCGGGAAAAGCGCGGUAACAGCCCUGAGUCGCUCCUUGGUAUUUAUUUAUUGUUUGUUUAGUGUGGAGGCGCACGCCAGUGAUGUGUAAGGAGCAGGGAUGUUGUGGUCGUCUUUCAGAGUAGCCUGCCUGCAUUUUUCAGAAUGAGAGGUAUAUUUUCGGAAAUUUGGAUCGACAAAUGCCUUAAAAAUUAUUCCGCGAAGUUUAAAUGAAGUGCGUGAUGGCUGUUAACGUCAAACAGAAUAAAUAAAUAAAUAAAUGUUUCGUGAAAGCAA